AUGAAAGGCCGUACAGAAUCAGCAGGUGAUUUCCUGCAGCAGAUGUUUCUAGAUGUAUACCAAGUGUUUCACUGUGAUAAACCAUCGUUUUCCCAUUUCACUUGCGCCAUUGUAUUUGUUCUUGUCUUUUAUGGACUAAUAAGACUAUGUCUUUGCAACUGCCAGAUCCAAAGCGGUUGGCGCAUCGAGUAUUGUGCAGCAUCCGAGAAUAAAACUCAUUGCCCAGAAGACUUCGAUGAGUUUUUCAAACAGCGGAGGCGCUGGAUUGCAUCAACGUUGGCAAAUCUAUGGCUACUGAUAAAAGAGUGGAGAUACAUCCGAAAACACAACCUCCGUGUAUCAUAUUUGUUCCUUGUGUACCAAGUCCUGUUGCUGGUUGCUACGCUGAUCUCACCAAGUUCAAUCAUUCUUGUCGUCUCAGGAGGACUGAAAUACGGAAUGAACUUUAACCCUGAAGCAACUUUCAGUCUUCAACUCGUGUUGUGUUUAUGUUUCACGUUGAUCUGUUUAUAUACUUCACAGAGAGUUCAGUUAUAUAAAUAA